UCAAAGAAGACUCCACAACCAACCGCAAAGAUGGCAGACGAGGACAAGAAGGUGGAGACCACGACCGAGGCCAAGCCCGAGGAGAAGACCACGACCGAGAAGGCCGCAGAGACCGUAUCGGCAGUAACGGACAAUGUUUUCAGCAUGUUUGGCGGAGGCGCCAAGAAAGAGAAGAAGGAAGAUGAUGACGAGGAGAACGAUCGGUCGGGCAGCUCCAAGGCGCAAAAGGAAAAAGAGGCUGCUGAGAAGGGCGAUGACGACGAGAAGGCAGAUGAGGAAGAGGCUGAUGUUCACUUCGAGCCAGUCGUGCACCUUACACAGCAGGUUGAGACUAAGACGAACGAGGAAGCUGAGGAGCAGACUUUCAAGAUGCGCGCGAAGCUCUUCAAGUUCGAUCGCGACAGCAGAGAGUGGAAGGAGCGAGGUACUGGUGAUGUGCGACUUCUUAAGCACAAGGAGAACGGAAAGACCAGAUUGGUUAUGCGACGAGACAAGACCCUCAAGGUCUGCGCCAACCACUACAUUGUUCCGGACAUGAAGCUCUCACCAAAUGUUGGCAGCGACCGCAGUUGGGUAUGGAAUGCCGCUGCAGAUGUUUCUGAGGGCGAGCCAGAGGCACAGACCCUUGCCAUUCGUUUCGGCAACGCUGAAAACGCCAAUCUUUUCAAGGAGGCCUUCAUCAAGGCCCAGCAAGAGAACGAGGCGCUGUUCAAGACCGAGUAG